AUGGCAGCUUCUCAGUGUGCCAUCGCCAUUUAUUUUACUUCUCUGCCUUUCUCUCAGCGCCCUCUCAAGUCCAUCCAUCGCAGAAGGACAGACCCCAUGGUCACACUCUCUUCAGUACUGGAGAGCAUCAUUAAUGACAUGAGGGACCUUCCUAAUACAUACCCGUUUCACACUCCUGUGAACGGCAAAGUGGUUAAGGAUUAUUACAGGAUCGUUACACGGCCGAUGGACCUGCAGACAUUGCGUGAAAAUGUUCGCAAGCGCAUGUACCCUUCACGAGAAGAGUUCAGAGAGAGUGUCGAACUCAUCUUCAAAAACAGUGCUACGUACAAUGGUGCAAAGCAUCCUUUAACCCUUGUCAGUCAAGCAAUGCUGAAUCUGUGUGAUGAGAAAAUCAAAGAGAAAGAGGAGCGUUUGGUUCGUUUAGAGAAAGCCAUUAAUCCCCUUCUGGAUGAUGAUGAUCAGGUCGCUUUCUCCUUCAUCCUCGACAACAUUGUCACACAGAAGAUGAUGCCCGUACCUGACUCCUGGCCCUUCCAUCAUCCUGUUAACAAGAAAUUUGUUCCUGAUUAUUAUAAAGUCAUCAUUGACCCCAUGGAUCUGGACACACUCCGUAAGAACAUCUCCAAGCACAAGUAUCAGAACCGAGAGGUGUUUCUUUUUGAUGUCGCUCUCAUUCACACCAAUAGUGUCAAGUACAAUGGGCCUGAUAGUCCUUAUACCAAAACAGCUCUGGAAAUCGUGAAUGUCUGCAAGCAGACUUUAGCAGAG